GCUGAGGUUAAGAUAGCAUUCUUGCGAACAACCAGCGGCAGUCUAACAGGCCAGUAGCAGCACCGACAACCUCAACUCAAAGGAAUAUUUAACCAACUUAGCGACAACUCCACCACAAAAUGUACAAGUACACCGCUCUACUGGCGCUACUUUUCGCCGCCACCUUGGCAGUGGUUGCCGCGGAGCCACCACGUUUUCGUGCAGCACUUAGACGCUCGCCGGGUCGCUUCCUUGCGCGCCAAGAGGUGGCGAUCGCCGACAACGCGGACGAUGCGCCACCCGCUGUAGCGGCUGAUCAACCUGCGCCAUAUCCACCAGCCGGCGUUACACCAUCCAUACCUUUCGAUUUGCCGACAGAGACAGAGGCACCACUGCCCGACGAAGUCUACGGCCCACCAGAGGCGGAGGAACCCACGCCCGAUCCAACCUACGGUCCACCAGAGGAGACUACCACUUUGCCGGCACCCGCUGAUGGCGUUAUCGUAUCCGAAAACCUGAUUCAACCACGUCGUAAGCCUGUUUUGGCCAAACAACGCGCCCGUGGCGUUGUGCGCUCGCAGCCGUUGAUACUGCAAGCUGUGCCUGCUGCACCAGGAGUUGUAGAGCUCGUGCGCGCUGAGCCCGGUGUUGUUUAUCUUUUGAAGUAAAUGAAUGAGUUAUAACGUAGGGAAGCGGCGAGAUUUUGAGGUAUAGGGCAGUGCAUGAAUCAUUUCAAAUUUGUUUUGUUUGUUGUUAGGCUGAAAGCGAUUAUAAAAGCGAUACUAAUAAAUAUUUUUCAACGAUAAUAAGCUCAAGUUUUCU